AACAAGCAUAGUUCACGACGACACGGCUCUUUGGAGGUUGUGUCGCACUAUAUUCGUUUUGAUUGAUUAGCGAUUGAUUAGUGCACUAUGGCGUACGCGUCGGCUGCCGUCACCAAGAGGGCCCGGCCACCAGCGAUACUGGAGUUGGAAGCGUCGCAAUAUGCAGAGUCUCAACCUGAAAAACUGACGCUCCUGUCGCUCGCUGACCUGCCGCUGCUGGAAGUGCUGUCCCACCUGAAGACCAAGGACUUGAGCGCCGCCGGGCAGGCGAGCCCCCGGCUUGCCCAGCUGACCAGGACGCACCGGUCGCUGUGGCGGAACAAAGGAAAAGUUCGCUUCAACGACAUCGAGGGCAUGCUGGGCCUGCUGAGGGUUGCGCCGCCCCUGGACACCUUGGACCUGCACGUCACCGGCAAACGAGGCGUUUCUGCGUACUAUUACUUAAAUGAUCGCUGGCUAGGGAGUCGCAGCUGGGGAAGUGAUGGCCGUCAUGUCGGGGAACACUUCAAAAUCAAAGUCUUCUCCGAGCAGUUCGCCGGCAAGAUCAUCUGGAUGCUCGGGCAGCAGACGAAGCAUUUGCGAAUAUCGUAUGUGCGAGGCACGAAGAGGCUGGGCACGUUGUUGGCCAGCCUGCAGAAUGCGCUCGCCUUGGAGACCCUGUCCAUGACGUGGGACUGGACCUCAGCCAGCUGUACCUUCAGGUGGCCGCAAGUCACCGCGCUGCCCAGACUGCGCUCCUUAGAGUUGGAGUCGGAUUGGUUUAAUCGAUUCACGUCGGUUCAUCGCACAUUCCCCUUUUCUGAAGAGAACCUGGAAAUGAGCACAUCAUCGCUGUACGCUUUCCGAUCGCUGCUGAGAGCACACAGCGCCCAGCUGCGCUCCGUGUCGCUGUACUCCGCCGUGCUGCUGCCGCUCAUGUCCUCCUGCGCGAGCGACCUUCACAAGCUGUGUGUCGUCGCAGUUCCGGGCAUAUCCGUCGGGCUGCGGCGGAUGCAAGGCCUCAGGGACCUGGAGAUCAGCGGCCCCACCUGGGGGCCUCGAUGCAUGAUCGCAAAGGCAGAGGCCGAGGUGGCGGUGUUGUUUCGCUCCUGGCAGCACCAGCUGAAGCGACUGAGGCUGACGUGCUCGUCCGAGGACACGUUGUGCGCCGUGGGGGCGGGCGCGCUGGUCGCCCUCACCCACCUGCACCUCUGCACAUUUCCCACCUCCCUGGGCCCCCUGGGCGCGGCGCUGGCGGGCCUGCCCGCCCUGCGCGCCCUGGUCCUGAACGAGAACCCCACGCCCGAGCAGCUCCGCGGCAUCCCGACCGACGCCAUCCCGUCCUUGAGGCUGCUCCUCCUCCUACAAUAUGAGAACGUCGACCAAGACGCUCUCCGCGAGCUAGUGCUUCGCGCCCCGAAGUCGUUACACGUGGUGCAACAUACGUGUAAGUGCGACUGGGACGAUCUUGACCGCUUCGCAUCCAGCCCUAUGCACAACCUGUUCGGUAGGCACCCCUCGGCCGAGUCCAGGUCCUGCCCGGAAUGCGCCGAGGCGUGGCGAGACACCCCAAAGACAAUCGAUCCGCCCAGGAAUUUUCGAGCGACUGCGUGGCCCCCGUACUUAGAAAUAGAACAGGCGUGUGAUAAGUGCAAAUAAAGGUAGCCGAUUGAUUGUUUUCUUGACCCACCGACCAGUCUGAUGUCGGAUGCCACAAUGCGUUGCUUUUAUGUUUCAUCUGUAAAUAAAUCGAUUCAAAUCGUGUA